AUGUCGUCCUCUCUGAACGACUUGUUUUCACAGAUUAUUGAUUCGGAACGCAGAGCACAAGAAAGAAAGAGCUAUUUACAAGAAGUUAAGAGCAAGAUAAGACAAAAAGAAGCAGAUAUUAUCAAGCUAAAACAAGAAAAAGAUGAGCUCCAAGAGGAACUCAAAGUUAAGGUGACUGAUCUAAACCAUGAAGAAAUCAACCUUAUGAUGAUUAAUAACAAGAAAGAGGUUCUUAUGAGCCAGAAAUCUCAGUUCCAGAGAGAAAGAAAAGAAUUAGAAAGUCAACUGGAACAUCUAGAAGAAGAGCAGCUCAAUUUGAAUGAGACAUUUUGCCAAGAUGUGGAGAAGUUUGUCACUGAGUUUGGGCUUCUUGGUAAUGGAGCAAAUCUACGAAGAGAGGAAGCACUUCGCAAAGUAGCAGAAUUAUCAGGAGAGAAAGAUAAAUUGCAGCAAGAUAUUCAGAACUAUGAGGAACGUGUGGAAUCACUGAGAAAGCUGAAAGACAAAGAAGAUUACCUCAUGGAUUUGCUGCAAACUACUAAAUCCCAGCAUUUAGAACUUUGUGAAAAGGUUGCGGAAGAAAAAAGGAAGUUGGCAAAGCAAGAAGAAGAAAAACAAAAAAUCCAGUUGUUGCCAACGACUGAUGCAGAAUUCAUCAGACUGCAGAAAGAAAUAGACUCUGUGAAGGACGAGGACUUGGAACGGACAUGUCACCUCCUGCAACAACAAGUUCAGGCUCUGCAACAACAGCUCUGGCAAAGAAAAAUCAAGAACAGACAUCAACAAAAACAGCAGCAACAACAACAGACAAAAUAUCAGCAGAAAAAUACUUCUCAAGCAACUAAAGUGUCCUCUCAGCUUUAUACUCACCUUCGACAGAAUGAAGAUGCCCUAGGUGUGUCCACACGAAAUCGCAUCUGCAAGUCAAAUUUCACCACCGAUACUUCUGUUGAGUCCUACCAAUCAGAGACAUCAAAACCAGUUCUGGAGGAUCUGUCAUUAGACAACUUGGAGGAAAUUUUUGAUGAUAACCUCAUGAAUCUUCCUGAGCAAGACAUUCAACCUGCACCGAAACAUCAGAUUUUUAGAAAAGGUUAUUCCACAAUAUGA